UCUAUUUCUCACUCUCGUCUUCGAGGUUCUCAUCGAAGUCGUAAAAGCUUGUAGGGUUUCAAAAGAUGGACAACAUGCACACCUUCUGGCAAUUGGGUGAUGAGCUUCGUGGAUACUCAAAAGCAGCAGAGGAUCACAAAUGGUUAAUGGUUGCUUCAAAAUUGGCUGAGCAGAGACCAAAGGGGGAGCGUGUCAAUAACCUUGAUCUUUCAAAGGGCCCCAUUGAGACAAGGUCAAGGGAUAAAUUUGGUUUCCAGGAAGAUAACAAAUUUGACACUCUUAACUUCAGCAUGUUAAACCUGGACACUAAGAUUACUGAAAAUGUUAGCAAAAGCUCGCUCCGAAAUGGUGUUUACAAUAUGAAUGCAGUGUAUCAAAAAAGCAACGGAAAUUUGGUGGGUAACAUGAACAGUAACAAGUAUAGUGGUAAUAUUCAACAAAAUAAAGAGUCCAACAACAGCAACAACAAUGAAACCAACAACACUAAUGCAGCUGACAAAAGGUUUAAGACCUUGCCUGCAGCAGAGACACUCCCGCGUAAUGAGGUGCUUGGAGGAUACAUCUUUGUCUGUAACAAUGACACAAUGCAGGAAGACUUGAAACGUCAGCUAUUUGGUUUGCCUCCAAGGUACCGAGAUUCUGUUCGGGCAAUAACACCAGGGUUACCUCUAUUUUUGUAUAACUAUACCACUCAUCAGCUGCAUGGCAUUUUUGAGGCAGCAAGUUUUGGGGGCUCUAACAUAGACCCAACUGCAUGGGAGGAUAAAAAAUGCAAAGGCGAGUCAAGGUUUCCAGCUCAGGUAAGAAUUCGUGUCAGGAACCUUUGCAAGGCACUGGAAGAAGAUGCAUUCAGGCCAGUAUUGCAUCAUUAUGAUGGUCCAAAGUUUCGUCUUGAGCUGUCAGUUCCAGAGACCCUGGAUCUGUUGGACCUAUGUGAACAAGCUGGUUCUGCAGCAUAAGCAAAUAACGGAAUAUGCAAAAUAGUUGGUUAGGUUUUGGUGUGCCAGCUGUGUGCUUUUAGUAGAUUUUCCAUGAAGCGUAAGCUUGGAAAGUAGUUUGUUUGGUGUAUGAUCUUGAGGGAAGUAGGGGUGUUGAGAGUUUGAGGCCCUACUAAAUAAUUAUUGUGGUGUUCCCCGAAUAUGCUUUGUAGCUGUUGCAUGAAUUUAAUACCAUUGUAUGAUUAAGAGUACAUACUUGCUACGGCAUCAUAGAGAGGACUGUUUGUACUGGUAAAGUAUCAUGUAGUUCUGUUAAACCAAAAAGGAAAAGGAAAAAUUGCACAACCUUUGUGGAUUUUUG